AUGACCGACGAUCGCUUCGCCUGCAAGUUGAUCCCCCUCCUUCGCCUCCUCACCCACUCCGCCAUCGCCGAUGUCCGACGAGAGAUCCAGAUCAUGCACCACCUCACCGGCAACCGCAACAUUGUGGAGCUUAGGGCGGCGUACGAGGACCAGAGCGCGGUGCACUUGGUGAUGGAGGUAUGCGAGGGGGGAGAGCUCUUCGAGAGGAAGUUCUACUCGGAGAAGAGGGCGGCGGGGAUUUGUAGGGAGAUUGUGACGGUGGUUAGGGACUGUCAUUGCUUGGGGGUGAUGCAUCGGGAUCUGAAGCCGGAGAAUUUCUUGUUUCUGAGCAAGGAGAAGGAAAAUUCCGUUGAAGGCGACAGACUUUGGGCUGUCCACUUUCCUUAA